AAGCCGAAAUGAGCUGGCCGAAACUCUGGAGCUCCUGAAAGCACAAAUUGAUCCUGCCCUGUUGAAAACCCAGGAUAACUCUUUGCAAGAGAGUCCUAGCACUGAAGAUGAAGAGGCCAAAAAGAGGGAAGGGACGGCAACGCAAGCAGAAGGCGAAUUGAAGGUGAAGGAAGAAAAAAAGGAGCCAACAGAGGGACCGCCACAGCCCUGCGAAAACCUUCCACCUCCUGCUGCCCCGGCAGAGGAAAAGAAGAUCAAAGUAGAGAAAGUGGAAGAGAGAGACAUCAUAAAGCUCCCCGUUAUUGUAAAACUCGAAAAGCCUCCGGAGAACCGCGGGGAAGUGCAAGCUACCAAAGACGAAAACGACUCUUUCAAAGAGAACGUGAAGCCGUCUAAAGCGGAAGCGAAGGAGAAGAAGCCGGAGCCAAAAGACUCCCGAGAGGUGAACAGCAACGCGGAGAGAACAGCCCUCGAACCCGAGAGAAUCGAGUUCUGCGUCAGCGUCAAAACCCCGCAAGACGUGACGGAGAGAACAGCGGAGGAGAACGAGAAACUUAAAAACGACCAGCAGGCCAAGAUCCCCCUGAAAAAACGAGAAAUCAAGCUGACGGAUGAUUUCGACAGCCCACUGAAAGCGCCCUUGCGGAAAUGCAUCACGCCGACAAAAGACGUUUCGAAAGAGGACGGAGGCAAACCCGAGGAGGAGACCUUUAAGAGGGUCCCCACCAUCACCGACGGGAAGUUCCUGGUCAACGGGGAAUUGGGUUGCGAGAAACUCGUGGCGAAUAACCGAUUGGAGCGUUUGCCUUGCCCGAAGGAAGAGGCUGCCGUUCUGCCGAAGGAGAAAAACGGGCUCGGAGAGGAACGGGUCCAAGAGGGUAUCAGCACCAUCGUCAGGACCAGCGAUGUCGAGAGAUGCAUUUUGCAUCCCACGAAGGAGGCCGUGGGAGUGAUCGUGCCUUUAAGGGAGGAGACGGGCCCCAAAGGGAGCGAAAAACAGCUGGAGGCGAAGAAGUCGGACGGGGUGGCCGAGAAUCUUUCCAAGGCGGGAGAUCCUCCUAAGAUUGAAGACUCUCUUAGAGUAAAGGACAGUGUGAUACUUUCCAAAGACAGCUUGGAAAAGCCCACCAAGCUACCCUCUCCUAAAGAGUCGGUUCUGGUUACCGACGCCGACGAUUUGAAAAAAACUGGUCCUUCGGACGAGAAAACAGCAACCUUGGCCAGUUCGGAUGCCACUCCAUCUUCUGUUUCAGUCCUUUCGUUUAAGAAACCCGUGGUGGAAAAAGAAGACUCCGAUUCCCAAAUCGCUUUCGCCGAUCAAAGGCAAGCGAGUCAGGAACAGGCGGCGGAAACGCCCAAGGACUCCGAAUCUCAAGAAGGAGAGCAGCCGACCACGGAUGCCCUUCCAACCUCCGUCAAGGAACCUCCAUCCGAGACGAAGAAAGAAUCUGUAAAAACCAAGUGUAAAUACAAGCUGAUUUCCGAAGAAGAAAGUUCUCUCACCGAGAACAGGGAAUUAACCUCUGAGAGGCAGAAAGACGGGAUUAAGCUAACGAUCCGAAUCUCCAGCCGGAAAAAAAACGACCCGCUCCCGGCCAAGCCUUUGAACGCGGCCGCCGGGAAGGAAGAGGAGGUGGUCAGCGUUGGACGCAUUUUAAGACGGUCCCCCCGGAUAUCGAAACCGACUCCCAAGGUCGUAGAGACUCGCGAUCAGAAAUCCGAGAAGAAACGAAGCGAGGAAGAGGACGAAAAAGUGGCCUCCGUGCAAAAGCAGGAAAAGAAAGAAGACUCGAAAAAGCAAGAAAAGGAGACGAACUCUAAAGCCCACAAGGCUUCCCGUCGAAGUAAAGUCCGAUGGGCCGGCACCCGAACGCGUGGCCGAUGGAGGUACUCGAGCAACGACGACAGCGAAGGUUCUGAGCGUGAAGGUGACUCCGAGGAAGAGAAGGAGGAGGAAGAGGAGGAGGAGGAAGAGGAGGAGGAAGAACCAGCUCCUGCGGACGAUGACGAACCGUGCAAGAAGUGUGGCCUUCCUAACCACCCAGAGCUGAUACUUUUGUGCGAUUCCUGCGACAGCGGCUACCACACGGCGUGUCUCCGGCCUCCGCUGAUGAUCAUUCCAGAUGGCGAGUGGUUUUGCCCCCCUUGUCAACACAAAUUGCUCUGCGAGAAGUUAGAGGAACAGCUGCAGGACCUGGACGUGGUCUUGAAAAAGAAGGAGCGUGCAGAACGGAGGAAGGAACGCCUCGUCUACGUGGGCAUUAGCAUCGAGAACAUCAUUCCUCCGCAGGAGCCGGAAAUUCCAGAGCCUGUCGAUGAAAAGAAGAAAGAGUCCAAAAAAUCAAAGACGAAGCUGCUCGAAAGGAGGUCUACCAGGCAGCGGAAGUGUAUCAGCUACAGGUUUGAUGAGUUUGAUGAGGCCAUCGAUGAAGCCAUAGAAGAUGACAUCAAGGAGGCUGAUGGAGGAGGUGUCGGGAGAGGGAAGGACAUCUCUAACAUCACGGGGCAUCGAGGCAAGGAUAUCUCCACCAUUCUGGAGGAAGAAAGGAAGGAAAGCAAACGGCCCCCCAGAGCCGCUGCCCUCCGACGCAAGAAACGGCGGCGACUGAAUGACCUGGAUAGUGACAGCAACCUGGAUGAAGAAGAGAGUGAGGAUGAAUUCAGAAUCAGUGAAGGAGAGCUACCUGUCUAAACAUUCGGAGGACGACCAGCCGGCCAGGUUGUCAAAACGGUCGGUCCGCAAACGGAGCCACACCACCGACGAGUUCUCGGAAGGCGAGGACGACCCGGAGGAUGAAGGAGGCCGUCCCGUUCGCAAGCGCGUGAACCGCAUCGAAACGGACGAGGAAGACAACAUCCCCGACGCCGGCAAGCUGCCGUCGUCAUCACCACCCGCCGAGAAACCCUUGUCCCCUCCCGCCCCGCAGGACCCCGUCAAGAAACCCAGCUACCGGAUAGAAAGCGACGAGGAAGAUGACUUUGACAAUGUGAGUAAGGUGGAAAGCCCCUUGGACUACAGCUUGGUGGAUUUGCCCUCCACCAACGGACAGAGCCCCGGGAAAGCCAUCGAGAACUUGAUUGGUAAGCCCGCCGAGAAAGCCCCCUCGACCAAGGACAGCACAGCCAAUGCCACUUUGGCACCCAAUGGGACGGGGGGCGGCCUGGAGGCCGGCGGACCAGAGGAAGACGAGGACGAACUCUUGCGGGUGACUGACCUUGUGGAUUACGUCUGUAACAGCGAACAGUUAUAAGAACUCCCGUUUUUUGUGCUAAUUUAUUCCAUGGUAGCUCAUACCAGCGGGCCAGUUAUUAAAAAAAAAAAAGGUGUUUUAUUUUUCCUAGGAAACUCCACUACAGUAUCAAUUUUUAAGCAGUUGAAAAUUUCACCAGCCCUGCAAUUUUGGGGUACCCCCCUUUUUUUUGGAGCCUCUCCCUGUCUCCUCUCCCCCCCCCUCCAACCCGAGCGACUAGAUUUUCUUCGCUUUUUUUCCCUACAACUAUUUUUCUUUUGACCCAUCGCUUUCCCUCACCACCACCACCUCCUCCUCCUCCUCCUCCAGUUCCAUAAUCCUGACAAAACAAAAAGAACAAUCGUCCAGAUGCAGAGCUUGUAGUAAAAAAAGGAGAGAAUUGUAUAUUUUUGACUCUAUAUUUCCUGAAGGGGGGCGCACAAAGUCGUUAUGGUUGUACGUAACAAAAGCAUUCCAAUUUGGCCAGGGCCCAAAAAAUAAACUUUGGAAGGGAAGGCGGGGCGGGCAGGAGGGGGGGAAAAACAAAAGGAGUGGGGCGCGAGGACAGAAACACUUGUGCUCCAACUUUUUUUUUUCAUAGGAGAUAUAUAUUCUAUUUAAAUGUUCACAACUUAGACGACAAUUUAACAUUGCCAUUUUAAAGGGGAAACGAAGAAACCAAUUAUCUUUAACUGUUGCAUUUUUGUGAACUUGUAGGCUAACUUAACCUUAGUUGAUUUUAGUAAAUUGCCUUCCUGGAGAAAAAAAAAAGAAAAAGAAAGAAAGAAAAAGAAAGAAAGAAAAGCAACUGUUGACAAGAUCCGGAAUAUUAUUUAGCAGAGUGGACAGAUUUGGAGGAAAUUUCACAGAAAAAAAAAACCAACACGAGACGUUUUUCUUGGCAUCGUCUUUUAAUUCAUGGUCUCCCCCUUUCUUCCCCCCACCCCCCCAAUAAACAUAUUUUAAAGGUG